AUGAAGAAGAAGAAGAUCCCAUUCAUGCAACCACCAAGGAAACAAAUCAAGCUAGGGAGUAGUAGCUCCAAUGCAAGAGCAGAAAUACCAACAUCACCACAUUCCAUUGAUGCAAAUCAAGAACAUGUGGAGAGUCCAAGAAGAGAAGAUGAUUGGGCACUUGUAAGCUUUGUUGGAGAACAAAUCCAAGACCCAAGAGUGCAAGAAGCAAUGGAGAAGCUUGGCUUGAGCAAGCUAUUCAAGAUAGAGUGCAGCGAGUACUCAAUGCUAACAAAGGAGUUCCUCUCCACAGUAGCUCUUGCCUUUCCCAACCACAAUGGAGACCAACCAGCUGGUGAUGGACUCCUACUCUUCAAGAUAGGCGAUGCCAAUGGGCGCAUCUCCAUCUCAGCUCUAUGCCAACUCUUUGGACUUCCCAAUGAGACAGCACAUGACUUCAAGGAGAACUCAAAGAGGAAACAAGCUGCCUUUGCUGAUUGGACACACUUUGCCAAUGAACCAUUCUUGCCUUCAAGAUCAAAGGUGUCUAGAAUCACUCAUCCAGCCAUUCGCUAUGUGCACCGCCUCAUCUCCACCACUUUCCAAUGCAAACAAGAAGCCAACAAGGUCACAACCGAUGAGUUCUACAUCCUCACCACACCAUUCAUCAAGCAUGAGUACAAGGCCAACCUUGGCCUCUUGCUUGCCAAGACACUCAUCAAUGUGAGGAAUCUAGCUAAAGACUUGGAAGGCAACAAGAAGCUUUGUGUGCGCUUUGGGAGACUCAUCACAGCCAUAGUGCAACAUAGAAGUUACAACCAAAAAAGUGAAGACUGGUCCAGACGGCUCUAUCGAGAAUCAGCGCCCAAACCGCGCAGACCGGCUGGCCGAGGAACGAACGUUUCACGCUCGGCCAAAAUCACAUCCGUCCGUCUGAGUCUCGGCCAAAGUCAAGAUCGUUCGGCCGAGUACACAUCACGACCCGGGAAGCAUGUCCCGCGGUCGGCCACGCCACAACCGCUCCCGCCAUGCCGCGCGAGCCGGGAAAAAGCCUCGCGGCCGCGCAACCUAUCUCGCGUACCACGGCCGAUGGCGCCGUCCGAGCCGGGAAGCUACGUCCCGCGUCCGGCCGAGAAAGCAUCGGCCAAUCCAUUUCCCUCCGACCAUAGCGGCCGACCACGAACCCGUCCGGCCACGACCGUUCCGAUCGUACUAAGAGCGGCCAUGACCCGUUCAUCCGGCCGAUCGUCCCGACCGACCGUCCGAACGCCGCGGUCGACCCGAAGCCCGUUUUGA